UUAGCCGGACUGUUAGCUGUGCGUCGGUGCUAUGUAGCAAAGAAGGCUAAUGCUGUUGCAGCCGCUAAGUGCUCCGCCAUUGACGUGUGUUUUUUCUGAUGCUGCCGCAGUGAAGGAGGUUUGAAGCCCAGAUCAGUCUAGUCCUCUUAUACAGCUGCUUCAUCAUCCUGAUUUAACGGUUUUUGUUUUAUCUAGGUGUUUUAGCUAUUAGCUUUUGUUAUUUUAGGUUUUUCGGGUCUGCUUACUGUUGAGUGCCAGCGCAACAGGAGCGAGAAAAAACAAAUCUACUCUAUACCCCCGAUUCUUCUUUGUUUGUUUUUCAUCCGGCAAGAAAACGGAGGCCGUAGGGCUGGAGUGUGUUCUUAUGGCCGAGUCAGAGACUGAAUGUGACACGCCAGGGCUUGACACGCUUGGGUCGGAGUGUGUCAUAGCCCAUAGCCACGUCGACCUUCACUAUGGAGCUGAAACUGAGAUCAUGACAGAGGAAAAGCGUGGGUUAGAGCUGGAGAUCCACGGCUCGGACCUAAAGAUUCAAGGGCUGGGGACAGAACUCGGUGCUGUGGCUUGUGUUGAUGCAAUUGUAGCUGAGACUGACCAUGAUUACAUCAAGGUGGAACAUGCAGAUAUUCACUGUUUCACGGCGGCGGAGAUCAAGACAACAGGAACCGAGACUCUGCUGGGAGAGGUGCUGCUUAAAACAGAAGGCGAGCAUAUGGUUAAAAUGGAGUCUGAUCAUGGCGGGGAGCUGACGGUGGAGUCUGAGAAUGGUGUAAUCAUACACGAGGCUCACGGCCUACAAUGCAACGAGUGUGGUGAGAUCUUUGGCAGCAUAGCUGAUCUUCACCAACACUUUGAGAUCCACAAGGACCUCAACCCUUACAUCUGUAUCCACUGUGGUGAGAGUUUUGCUGUAGAAGCCAGUCUCAAGCAGCACAUGAAAAUUCACAUGAAAGAAAAGCCCUAUGUUCCCCCUGGAGUAGAGAUCAUGGGCAAAGAUGUCAUCGAUGCCUACAGCCUCAAGUCUCAUCAGAUGAUUCAUUUGCCAGACAAGCCGCACAGAUGCUCGGAGUGUGGUAAGAGCUUUGCAGCGGCCAUUACCUUGAGAGAACACAUGAAGAUGCAUUCUGAGGAUAAGCCAUACAAGUGCACACAAUGCAGAAAGAGCUUUGUCCGCAGAAGGCAUUUGAAGAAGCACCAAGAGGUUCAUGCCCGCGAGAAGCCAUAUACCUGCGGCCAGUGUGGCAAAGGCUUUGCGACGACCUCCAACCUGAAGCAGCACCAGAAGACGCACGCCACCAUUGUUCUCGGAGACAAACCCCACCAGUGCAUUCAGUGUGGGAAGUGCUUUGCUGCCGCCGCCACUCUGCGGGAGCACCAGAGGAUCCACUCGAGCGAGAAGCCAUACAAAUGCAACAUGUGCAGGAAGAGUUUUGUCCGCAAGCGCCACCUGAAGAAGCACCAGCAAGUCCACGCUGGAGGCAAGCCCUACACCUGCAGACAUUGCAACAAGGGCUUCAACCACUCCUCGUCGCUGUCUCGCCAUAAUAAGACCCACCUGCAGAAUCCGGUGUUUUCCCCACCCCAACCUGGGAAAGCUCUGUCUUUCGGCACUCCCCCGAAGCAGAGAGUGCACCAGCAAGGAGAGAAACCUUACAUGUGUCACCACUGUGACAAGGGAUUCAAUCAUUCCUCGUCCCUGUCACGGCACCAAAGAGUCCACUCAGACGGAAAGACUUACACCUGUGGUCACUGUGGUAAAAUAUUCAAUCACUCUUCCUCUCUUGCGAGGCACCAGAGAGUUCACCUGGAGAAUAAGCAGCAGCAGCAGCCACAACCUCCGCAGCCACAACCGCAGCAGUACAGCCCCAUCCCAAUCCCCAUUCCCCCACCAAAGGUUUUCCCCAACAAUAUUUUCCCAAAGCAGCACAUUCUUUCUGUCGAAAAACCAUACAGAUGCUCUCAGUGUGGAAAAGGCUUUAACCAUUCAUCUUCUCUCUCCAGACAUCAUAGGAUCCAUGUAGAUCAUCAGUGAGCAGGCCCCCCUCCCCAACCCCCACAUUGGACAUCCCAAAUACCCUGACUCAUUUGUUUCACAGAUCAUCCUUUCUGUAUCACCAGGACACAAAAUGUCAGGCCGACGUCUACUGACAAGAGGUCAUGUCGGCACUUUAUUCUCGUUGUCUAAUUAACAGUAAUGCAGAAGUCUUCAAAAGGAAAUGUCUUGCCCUAAUGAACUUUGCGAGGUGUGUUUCAGAACUGAACCUAGAGCUUUUUGCUCAGUUUAAAGAAAGUACAACUGCAUAUUGUGAAGGAGUCAAAUUUUUGCUAGUGAUUCAGCUUCAGGACCUCCAAAACUCUUUUAAAAAUCUACAUGAUAAAUAUGUAACUUAAUAAAUAUGCUUCAUCUAGUUUUUUUUUGAUAAAAAAGAAUUCAAUUUAUCUCAAGGUGUCUAUAUUUGCUUUACAUCUUCAAAUAUCCAAGUCUACAAACAAAAUUUAAAAGAACUGUCUCCUCAGUUUGAGUAGUCACUUCCACUUAACUCGUGAAGCAAAUAUCAAAAAUCCAGUGUAAAUACUUGUUGAUUUUUCUUUUAUAUGUAUAAAUAUAGGUGACUAGUGUGCUGUUCCAAAAGAUGACAUUUUUGAUAGUAAGAUCCACUUUGUCUCCACUUUUUCUUUUGCCCUUUUAUGAGUUUAUUUUGUUCCGAGUUUUGGAGAUGAGAAGAAAAUUGUUGCAGUUGUUUCCUUGCAGCUUGUUUUUUGACAUUGGGCUUCAUCGGACACGAGUCGUCUUGUAUAUUUAUGAGGUUGAAUUUUGUACGUCUCUUUAUGGUUUAACACAGUUCUUGAGUUGUACAGAGAGUGAACCUGGCUUGAUUCUUUGACAUGCAACAUAGCCGUUAGUAAAUGCCUAUUAGAUAAUAAAAAUCCACUUGAUACAAUAUUACAACAUGACCUGUGUCCUAAUUAUUUACUGCGUGGUUUCAUCUGAACUCAAGUUCUAAUGUACAUGAAUCCUAUAUCAUACUUUAUUGCUUUAGAGACUAAUUGCCUGUGUAUAGAAUAUAGGUAACACUUGUAGAUCUGCAAACUCACCAUUUGAUCCAAAACAAAAACAAGGCUGUGUAUACUAAGACUAAAAUAGAAAAUAAUUUUACAUGAUUUUUCUCAAGUCCAAUGGAUUGCGCUCUAUUUACUGUUUUGUGUAAGAUAUCUUUUACAAACUGAUGUAUUUUUUUAAACAUGGCUUGGGUUAUGUGAAAGGGAAUGAGACUGUUUUUAUGAGUGAACAUUUUGGCGAGCAAUAUUUUGUUUUUGUUUGGAAAACAGUUGUGCGUCAGACUGUAGCAUAGUUCUCUUCCUUGUGUUAGAUAGGUGCCUUAUUGCAUGCUCUGUAGAAAUGUAUGCUGAGUUAUUUGAGAGACAUAGGGUUUCCAGGAGUCUUUAGUUUUAUUUUACCCUACAUUUGAAUUUUGUCACUUAUGAGUUUGCUUUUUUUUUUCUUUCAUGUAUAUUACCAUGUGUUUACACUGUUACAGCUAUGUUUAUUUCCCCCCUUAAUUUUUGUCAAUGGCCUCAUUGUAGAGAAAAAUUGUGUAAACGAUCCAUAUAAACGUCUCUGAAGGGAAAUCUUGUAACACCUCUUCCCUUUUUUGAGUGGCACAAUAUGGAUAAAUAAAGGUUGUUGACUCUGA